UUGAGGUCGCUGCCUGGGAUCAUUUGUUUGCUUGCUCUUAUUAUUUGCAAAUGGAGAAGAAGACACUUAUCUAUGGAUGGUAUGAUUGAAGAGUUCCUUCAAAGUCAAAAUAAUUUUGUUCCCAUAAGGUAUUCCUAUAGAGAAAUUAAAAAAAUGACAAAAAAUUUUAACGAUAAAUUAGGUGAAGGGGAUUAUGGAUCAGUAUUUAAAGGAAAACUUCGUAGUGGACAUCACGUGGCAAUAAAAUUGUUGGGCAAAUCAAAGGGUAAUGGUCAAGAUUUCAUAAAUGAAGUUGCUUCUAUUGGAAGAAUUCAUCAUGCUAAUGUGGCAAAACUUAUUGGAUUUUGUGUGGAGGGAUCAAAGCAAGCUCUAGUAUAUGACUUCAUGCCUAAUGGAUCUUUAGAUAAAAUCAUAUUUACCGAAGAAAAUAAGAAUACUUUGAGCUGGAAAAAAAUGUUUGAUAUUGUGCUUGGGGUAGCUCAAGGAAUUCAUUACUUGCAUCAAGGAUGUGACAUGCAAAUUCUACAUUUUGAUAUCAAGCCACACAAUAUUCUUCUUGAUGAGCAUUUUAACCCAAAAGUUUCCGAUUUUGGUCUUGCUAAAUUGUAUUCAGUAGAUGAUAGCAUUGUCUCUCUCACUGCGGCACGAGGAACGAUAGGAUAUAUUGCUCCUGAAUUGGUUUACAAAAAUCUUGGAGGCAUCUCAUACAAAGCCGAUGUUUAUAGUUUUGGAAUGUUACUGAUGGAAAUGGUAGGAAGGAGAAAGAAUGUGAAUGCAUUUGCUGACCACACUAGUCAGAUCUAUUUUCCAUCUUGGAUUUAUGACCGAUUAGAUCAAGGAGAGGACAUAGAGCUAGGAGAUGUUUCUGACGAUGAAAAAGUAAUGGUGAAGAAGAUGAUAAUAACUGCCUUUUGGUGUAUACAAUUAUUGCCUUCUGAUCGUCCUUCAAUGAAUAAAGUGUUGAAGAUGCUUGAAUCUAAUGUUGAACUCCUUGAGAUGCCUCCUAAACCAUUCCAUCAACUUCCUCUUGAUGAGAACUCUAAUGAUGAGCCAAGUACACCAUUGGAUAGUGUUACUAUAGCGAGUUCAAAUAUUGCAUAAGGUUAGAAACAUUUUACUUCA